GGCAGUGAGAUAUGGGAUGAGGAAGACCCAGGAGAGUUCAUGUACGCACUACUUCGUCAGCGGAAGAACAAGCGCAGUCGGUACAAUCCCUAUGAUCUUCAGAUUGUCUCUUCAAAUGAAGCCAGGAAGAACCCUGUCUACUGGACCAUUAGUGCCUCCUCGGUUACUAUGUGUGUGGAGGGAGAAAGUGAUAAGGAAACAUUCUGUACCCCUGCACUCUGGUGGCUCUGGGAGAGGAGACUGUUUUACACCAUCUAUGAGAAACCUGUCUUUGUCAAAUUCAGAGUGUGGAAGACAUUCAAGUCAUGGCGAAAAAAUGUGAGGCACCAGAAGAACAAAGGGAGCAAAGAAUUGCUGUGUAAGCGUCUGUUUUUGGCCAAUGAAGUGUUGCAGGGUUGUCUGCUGCAUGUACGCGGCCUGUGUGAGGCUGCGUCUUGCAGUACAGAUGGGAUAGGGUUGGAACACAGUGCCAUCUCAUUGGUAAAUCUAGACCGUUCUCAAACCCUCACCCUCACACAGUUUAUGGAGGCUCAGAGAACCCAUGGAGAGGCCGCUCUUAAGAAGAUCAAUGCUCUCCGGGACAAGAUUGUCUCCAUUGUCUGGGAAUCCUGUGCUACUGUAGCAGAAAUGGAGGGUGUGACAGCAGGGAUCCGACCUGAGGGGUCCAAGAAAGUGAAAGUAGUGGAGCCUCCACCUCCAGAGCCUGAGCCUCAGGGGUUCAAGUCUCGGCUGAAGGCUAAGUAUGGGGACAAGCCGAUGGCAGAGCGCAAGAAACCAGCCCAGGUGAAAAGAGACAAGCCUUUGUAUGCCGAGAUAUCUGAGUGGCGAAAAAUCUUGGCCCGUCUGGCUCAUUUUCUAAAAGCUGUGGAUUAUCUUCUCUUGGAGUUUCUUCGGCGUCUGGUUGUGACAGCAAUGAGACAGCUCCGAGAGUAUUUCACAGCAUCAUAUAAUGUAGAGGAAGGUGACUCUGAUGAGAGUAACUCUAGAAUAAACACAGACCAUUGGUGGAGAGAGGAUGACUCUGACAGUGAUGCUUCAAGCCAACUUGAUAUACCAACAUAUAGCCGUAAAUCAGUGACUCAAAAGAAUGUCAUGCAGUCAAAAGGCAGCGUGAACAUUCCAUCAAAUGCGUUAAGCACAAACUCACCACAGAUCGUCCAUGGAAGUAGUUAUGUCAUCCCCAAAUAUGACUUUGAGAAACCAGAGUCUGAAGUUGGACUACCAGAUAUUGAUGAGGUUCUGGAAGAGAUUAGACAGCGUGACAUCACGGAGGAAGUCGCCUUGCCAGUGUUCUUCAUUGAGUUUGUUCUGAACGCCUCUGUGGAGAGCGUACCUAGUGGUAUCCGCUCCCGCCAGCGGGCUUCCAUCCACUCCACCAACAACCUGCUGGCACAGAGCAGCCUCCUUCAGGAACUUGCCCACGGGAUGGAGGUGAAAAAGUCUGUUUCCUUCCCAGAGGAGCCAGAACUUUCAGAGAGUGACAGCGAAUCAGGCUACAGUGAAUCUGAGGAGACCGAAACAGAAUCUGGAGAGGAGCAAAGCUUGGAAACGAAACACAGCUCUUCACUGGGGUUUGCCUACAAACACAACAUAAGGAGGAGCACAAGGGCCACUAUGACCAAAGCCCACAUCAGUCUAUACCCUAGCCCAGAGGCCUUCCAGACAUUAGUCAAGUCCCUCAUUGCAGGUUUUGAGGAAACAAUUGCUCAGGUCAAGUCGAUGCUGAAGGAACCGCGUCUAGCCGUGUUUUAUUCCCCACCAAAGCAUGACCUGACACUGCAGAUUGAUGUGGAGGAGUUAGCGCUGAAGGAAGAAGCAGAACAGCCCUGGCCUGACACCAGCUCCCUGUUCAGUGAGGACACGGAGUACCAAAGCCUGAGGGAUGACAUCAGCCAGUGUAUACAGAUACAGGGAGAAAGGGUUACCGAAUUCUCCAGUAGAUACCAGUUGUUCUGCAUGAUGGUGGACCAGUCGCGCCAGGUGGAUGUACUGGGCUCUAUGGCCAGGAGGCCCUGGACCACAGAUGAGUUCAGUCAUGUGCUCAGGACUCACACAGAUAUGGUCAGAACAAUGGAAGAAAUGGUGACACAAAAGAGGAUUGCCAUGGUGCAACUUCAGGCAGACAAGUACAAAGCAGAUUGUCUCCCCUUCCCUACACGAGUUAUUGAGGAAAUUCAAGAGGCUCUGCCCAUUGUGGCUAACAAGAAGAAUGAAGAUCUGCUUACCAUCAUAAAGGGAGCCUCUAAAAAACUGGAUCAGACACCUGCAUCUGUUGAGGAGUUUGUUGAGCACCUAUCGUUCCUGGGCAAGAUGAACACAGAGUUACCUGCUCUUGAUAAGGAAUUUUUGGUUGUGACCAAGCUGUUCACUAUAGCUGACCAGUACAAUAUAAGGAUAGAACCAGAGGACUUGGCCCUGUACCAGACACUGGCUCCUAGCUUCCAGCACCUUAAGUCAACUGUCCUGUACUGUGAGGCUAAAAAGGAUGAGAAUAUACGUAAGUUCAGCUCAGACCUGGACAGACUGAUUUCCAGCAUUCGUUACCAGCUGAUGGAACUGAAGAACCGUGUCAGAGACCCUAGCCUGCUGCAUUCUGACACCAUACCAGCCAUGGCCCUUGACACAAUACUGCACCUGCAGGAAGAUGUGCAGUCACUGUCUGUGCGUGCACGCAGCUACAGCAGCUACCAGGAGAGGUUCGGCAGCUCGUUAUCCCAGACCAAGAGGAUGACAGAGGAGUUCCUGUUGAUGGAGACUAAAGAUGACAAGGCCAUAACUCAGGCCAUUCAGUCUGAGUUGUCUGAGAUAGAGCGUGACCUGACCCUGAGGCAUCUGCUCUGGGAGUCCCAAGAGGAGUGGGUCAAGCUGGUGACUGAGUGGACUGCCUCCCCGUUUGACUCCCUCUCUGUGGAGAGUCUCCAGAAAAAUGUCAGCCGCUUCACACAGACAGUUUACAUGCUUCAGAAAGGUCUGCCGCCCAAUGCCUUACUGCCAGCGCUGAAGGAGAAGGUGAUGGAUUUCAAACAAGGCAUGCCUGUGAUCACCAGCCUCAGGAACCCCUCCCUCCGACCUCGUCACUGGGCUGUCAUUGAAUCCACCAUUGGGAAAGCCUUCAGCAAAGACAAGAAAUUCACUCUGGGAAAUCUUCUGGACCUAAAGAUUUUCAGGCAUAAGGAGAAGAUACAGGACAUCUCUACAACUGCAAGUAAUGAAGCCACUUUGGAGCUCAUGCUGCAGAAGGUGGUAGACCUGUGGCUGAGUACUGACUUCAGAUUGAUUGCCCAUGUUGGACGCGACACUCACAUAAUCUCUGGUGCUGACGAUAUCCUAGCCCAGCUUGACGAGAGCCAGGUGACUGUGGGGACCAUAAGAGGCUCCAGAUAUGUCACACCUAUCAAGGUCCAAGUUGAGGAGUGGGAGAGGAAGCUACAGGUGUUCUCCCGAACCCUGGAUGAGUGGAUGACAUGUCAGAGGAACUGGCUGUACCUGGAGCAGAUCUUCACCACUCCAGAUAUUCAGCGUCAACUCCCCAGCGAAUACAAGCUGUUCACCCAGGUGGACAAGUCGUGGAAGGACAUAAUGAGGAAUGUGGAGGAUCGCCCUAAUGCCCUCAAGUCUGCCAUUGCCCCGGGUACAUUGGAAACUCUACAGUCAUGUAACACAAGUCUGGAAAAGAUACAGAAAUGUCUUGAGGACUACCUGGAGACCAAGAGACUGGUGUUCCCUAGGUUUUACUUCCUCAGUAAUGACGAGUUGUUAGACAUCCUAGCUCAGUCCAAAGACCCCAAUGCUGUACAGCCUCAUCUGGGGAAAUGUUUUGGCAAUAUCAAGUCACUGGAUAUCAGGAAAUUUCCACGUCAGCCACCUAGUGUCAGGUUCAUGAUAUCAGCUGAAGGAGAGAUGAUUGCAAUGCCUAGGAAUAUUAGAGCACGAGGGCCAGUAGAGCAAUGGCUGGGCAGUGUGGAAAACGGCAUGUUUGAAAGUGUAAAGAGACAAAUGAAGCUUGGCCUGGCUGACUGGUUAGGCAUCCGCCUGCAGGAAUGGUCCCUGAAACACCCAGGGCAGGUUGUUCUCACAGUGUCUCAGGUGAUGUUUAACAAGAGCGUGGUGAGCUGUUUCCAACAAGGUAACCCUUUGGCUGCCCUGAGCCAGAUGCGAGAUGACAUGGUGGGCAGUCUUGGGGUGCUGGCCCGCAUGGUCACCUCUAACUUGCUGUAUCAUCAGAACAUGAGCAUUGAGGCCCUACUCACCAUCAAUGUUCACAACAGGGAUAUACUCAACACCAUGAUUGCCAAUAAGGUCACCAGGAGGGACGACUUUGAGUGGACCAAACAAUUGCGCUAUGAGUGGGAUGAGAUGACCAAUCAGUGUCAGGUGUUACAGUCUAAUGCUUCCUUCCAUUAUGGUUAUGAGUACCUGGGUUGUUCCCCCAGACUGGUCAUCACCCCUCUUACUGACCGCUGUUACCUGACUCUGACUGGUGCCAUGCAUCUUCACCUGGGUGGUUCACCUGCCGGCCCUGCUGGCACUGGCAAAACUGAGACAGUAAAGGACUUGGCUAAGGCAAUGGGGAAACAAUGUGUGGUAUUCAACUGUUCUGAGGGGUUAGAUUUCAAGAUGUUGGGGAAGUUUUUCUCAGGGCUGGCUCAGUCGGGUAGCUGGUGUUGUUUUGAUGAGUUUAACCGCAUUGAUGUGGAGGUGUUAUCUGUGGUGGCUCAGCAGAUCCAAACUAUCAAGUCUGCCAAAGAUUCCAGUUCUCUCAGGUUUGUGUUUGAGGGUCGGGACAUCCGGUUGAACAUGACCUGUGGAUACUUCAUCACCAUGAAUCCCACGUAUGCAGGCCGUGUAGAGUUGCCAGACAAUUUGAAGUCUCUAUUCCGCUCUGUGGCCAUGAUGGUACCCGACUAUGCUCUUAUUGCUGAGAUCAUGCUAUUCUCUGAAGGCUUUGUCUCGGCCAAGUCGCUGUCCUGUAAGAUUGUCAAUCUUUACCAGCUGGCUAGCAAACAACUGUCUCAGCAGGACCAUUACGAUUUUGGAAUGAGGGCCAUCAAGUCAGUGUUAGUGAUGGCUGGCCAUGGGAGGAGAUCCACACAACUUAGUGCAAAAUAUGUAGAGAGGACCUUGACAGCUGAGGAGGAGUCUUAUAUCCUAAUCCACUCCCUCAGAGAUGCUAACUUACCCAAGUUCUUGGCAGAGGAUGUUCCACUGUUUGAGGGUAUACUGGCCGAUUUGUUUCCAGGAGUUGUUCCCCCUGACCCUAACCAUGGAUUACUAGAGAAAGCAAUCUCUAUCGCAAUACGUGACCAAGGCUUACAGGCCUGGCCUAAGCAGAUAGAGAAGAUUAAGCAGUUCUACAGUCAGAUUUUGGUCCGUCAUGGUGUCAUGCUAGUGGGGCCAACAGGAGGAGGUAAAUCUGUGGUACGGAGCAUCCUCCAGAGGGCACUGGUUAUCCUGCCAUCCAUCUCCAAUCAGGAGGCUUCUGCCAACCAACAGUCUUCUCACUCACUUGUGCAAACGCGAGGCAAGAGGGGUCAUGUGGAGACAUUUGUGGUCAACCCUAAAUGUGUGAAACUGGGAGAGUUGUAUGGGGAGACUGACCCCAACACAUUUGAGUGGACAGAUGGACUUAUUGCUUCAGCAACACGAAAAUUUGCCCGUGACACAUCCAUUGUUCCCACGUCAACCACAAUAGAGCAGGUGGCGGCUGUAGAUGCAACAGUAUCAGACACGAGCUUGUCAGGGAAGGCAUUAUCCACAACAAUGAGCUCAGAGACAGCCAGUGAGAUAGGGCUGAGUGAGGCAGCUACAGGGUACACGGUGGCCACUGAUAUUGAAGGCUCUGAACCUGGGGAACAGUCAGUGACGGACUGGCGAUGGCUGGUCAUGGAUGGACCUGUUGAUACUCUGUGGGUGGAGAACCUGAACACAGUGCUUGAUGACUCAAAGGUCCUCUGUCUGGCCAAUGGGGAGCGUGUUAAUCUGACACCUGGCAUGAGGCUGCUGUUUGAGGUGGAUAAUCUGGCUCAGGCCAGCCCUGCUACCAUCAGCCGAUGUGCCAUGGUCUUUAUGGAUCCUGUAGACCUUGGCUGGAGACCUUAUGUGAAGACCUGGAUACAAAGACUACAGAAGGACAUCCCAGACAGUGGCAAGGCUCACUUACAGGAUCUGUUUGAGCUCUCUGUAGAUAAGGGACUCAAUUUCUUCAAGGAGAACAAACAGUUUCAGAAUGUACCAGCACCAGAGAUGUGCCUGGUGACCAGUUUGUGCAGCAUUUUAUCAGCUUACUUUGAGUUCAUGACCAAACAUGGAGGCUUUGGCAAUCCAGAUAAAGAAGAGUUAAGAGUACCUAGCCCUGACAGCCAGGCCAGCCAACCCUCAAGGACGUCAUCUAGACAGAGCAUGAAAGGCGUAACACGAUUUGGACAGAAAGGAAAGAAACGUUCAACAAGGAAACUAAAGACAAAAGAGGAUACCCUUGGGGACUUUCUCUUUGAGACAGAGAGCUCUGAGAGUCUUGUCGGGGAGAAGCAGUACUACCUGCAGAAGAACCCUGGUCAGCUGCUGAACCUGUUGGGGAAGCUGUUUGUGUUUGCCUACACGUGGAGCAUAGGUGGGAACUAUAAACGGACAGAGGAUUAUGAUGAUGACUCUCUAAACAGACGUGGUUCUGAGAAGGACCUGAGCAUCAACAUCUGUAUGGAGUUUGACAACUUCCUGCAUGAAGUCUUUGAGGUGGAAGGACAUCUCGGUGUUCGUCUGCCAGCUGGUCACCGCCCCAUGUACAGCUACUUUGUGGACCUAGAGUCCGGCUCCUUUGUGACCUGGGACCAGUUAAUCCCAUCCACCAAAUCACUCAUAGAGAAGGGCGCCAUGAUCACAAUUGGGGAGAGUAUGGGGGUGGCAUCCAGCGGAGUAAAGAAGACCAACAGUCAGGCCUCUGAGAUCGUCCCUACUGUGGACAAUGUCCGCUUCUCCUUUCUAAUUGGUCUGCUGUUGCUGAACAAACAACCAGUGCUGCUGAAUGGAGAGUCUGGUGUGGGGAAAACAACAAUAUUGAACAACCUGCUGGACCAGCUAUGUAAGGAGGGUGGGACAUCCACCAAGGCUGGUACUGUUCUGGGCAGCAUCCUUAACUACUCAGAUAAGAGCCAUUCCAUCCUAGAGAGCAUCAACUCUCUGACACGAGGAAGGGAGCUAGAGCAGGAGGGGAAGAGCCUGGAGCUGAUUCUGGGUGCCUCCCGUCCCAAACCCCCGACUGGGGUCAUCCGUUCCACCAUACAGUUUAGCGCCCAGACCACCUCCAGUCGCCUUCAGGCUCAGAUUAUGCAGAGACUUAUCAAGAAGUCACGUGACACACUUGGAGCACCACGAGGCAGGAAGGUGAUCAUGUUCGUGGAUGACCUCAGUAUGCCUGCCCCAGACAUCUUUGGCUCUCAGGCACCAUUGGAACUUCUCCGUCAACUGUUAGAGCAUGGUGGCUUCUACGAUACCAAGAAACUCUCCUGGAAGACAAUCUUGGAUGUGACCCUGGUGGCAGCCUGCGGACCCCCAGGAGGAGGGAGAAACCCUGUCAGUCCAAGGCUCCUUAAAAACUUCUGCAUGCUGGCCCUACCCCACCCUUCCACUCGCUCCCUCCAGCACAUCUACCAGGUUCAGCUGGGUAGGUUCUUCCAUGACGGGGAGUUCAUGCCAGAGGUAACAGGCUGUCUCUUCCCCAUCGUCACCGCCAGUAUUGACAUCUACUACACCAUGUGUGCCAACAUGCUCCCUACUCCAGCAAAGUCUCAUUACACAUUCAACAUCAGAGAUCUUUCCAAGGUCAUUCAUGGUAUCAUGCGUGCUCAUGAGUCUGUGAUUGUGGGGAAGGAGAACUGUGCCCAGCUGUUUGCCCAUGAGGCCACGCGUGUCUUCCAUGACAGGCUGGUGGACGAAGACGACAAACUCACCUUCUUCUCUCACCUUGCUAACAACUUACUUGAUUUCUUUAAGAUAAAGUGGACGCAGGAAAAACUGAACACUGAGCAGGUUUUGUUUGGAGACUUCUUUGACCCAGAUGGGACAGAUCCUGCUUUAGCUCACAUCUACAGACCCAUGACUGACCUCAACAAGCUGACCUCAAUCCUGGAAGAAUACCACAUGAGGAUGAACUUAACCAAUCAUCAGAUACCACAAAUGGUGUUUUUCAAGGACGCUGUAGAGCACAUAUCUCGGGCUGUCCGUGUCUUCCGUCAACCUGGGGGACACAUGUUGCUAGUUGGUGUGGAUGGUACAGGGAAGUCCACCAGCAUUAACCUGAGUGCGUUUAUUGCGGGCUGUGAACUCGUCAAGCUCUCCCUCCAUCGGCAUUAUGGGACAGAGGAGUUCCGCAAUGACCUGAAGACGGUGUACCGCCUAGCUGGGGUCAAAGGUCACAACACGGUGUUCCUGCUUACAGAUGGAGAUUUAGUACAGGAGUCCUUCCUGGAGGACAUCAACUGUAUCCUGAACUCUGGUGAAGUUCCAGACCUGUUUGACAAUGAAGAGUUAGAUGGCAUUGCCAUGGAGCUGAAAAGCGCAGCAGCUGAACUGGAAAUACCUGACACCAGGGCAGCACUCUCACAGUUCUUUAUACAGCGUGUGAAGCAGAACCUGCAUGUGGUGCUGACCAUGAGCCCUGCAGGGGACAAGUUCCGACAGCGGUGCCGUAUGAACCCUGCCCUCAUCAACUGCUGCACCAUUGACUGGUACAACGAGUGGACUGAUGAAGCCAUGCUAAGUGUGGCUAACAUCUUCCUCCAGGAUGAGGAUUUUAUAGCAGACUCACAUGAUGUCAAGGCCCUGAAAAGUCGUGUGUCACAGGCGUGUGUGGAGAUCCACCACAGUGUGCAGCAGGCAGCCAGGCGGUACUGGGAGGAGAUGAGGAGGAGGUUCUAUGUCACACCCAGCACCUACAUGGAGCUUAUCCGCAUCUACUCCAAAAUGUUACUGGAUAGCAAGACAAAAGUCCUGGACAACAAGAACAGGCUGUUGACAGGACUCUUCAAACUGUCCGAGGCUAACUCAUUAGUAGGCACCAUGCAGACAGAGCUGAAGGAACUGGGACCUCAGAUUGAGGAAAAAGCCAGGGACACAGAAGAGCUACUGCAGCAGUUGGAGAGGGACAAAGUGGCUGUAGAACAGGUGCGGGAGAUUGUGGAGCAGGAAGAGGCCAUCAUGAAGAAGGAGACAGAGGUGGUGCAGAGUUACGCUGAUGAGUGUGAGAAAGACCUGGCCUCUGUUCUUCCUAACCUUCAGAAUGCAAUAGCGGGCCUGGAUUCUCUGGACAAAGCCUCCAUAGCUGAAAUCAGAGUGUACAACAACCCACCCUUGCUGGUGACAAAUGUGAUGGCUGCAGUCUGUGUGCUAUUCCAGAUUAAACCUGACUGGACCACGGCUAAGACCAUGCUGGGGGAUCCCAACUUCCUCAAAAAACUUGUCCAGUUUGACAGAAACAGUGUGCCAGAGAGGGCAUUUCGUCAGUUAAAGCGCUACUCCAAACAGCAGGACUUCAAUCCUGAGACAGUCGGCCAUGUCUCCCUGGCCUGUCGAUGUAUCUGUGAAUGGGUACUGGCUCUGGAGCAUUAUAAUGAUGUUUACAAGAUGGUAACACCGAAACAGAAGCGCGUGGAUGAGGCUAGAGAGGCACUGAAGUUAGCGCGGGAAAACCUGGGAGGCAAGCAGACCAGCUUGAGGAAGAUCCAGGAUCACCUGAAGCGCCUGCAGACCCGUUAUCAGGAGAGUGUGAAUCAGAGAGAGGCCCUGGAGGAGAGAAAGAAGCUGACAGCUUUACGACUGAAGAGAGCCUCUGUCCUCAUCACUGCUCUGGCUGAGGAAAAGAUCCGGUGGGCAGAGGCAGUGAACGGGCUGGAUGACAAGCUGGCAGGGAUGGUCGGAGAUACCUUGGUGUCAGCAGGCGUGGCUUACCUGGGCUCCUUUACCCUGGGGUACAGACGAGAGCUGGUGAGGAGUUGGAUCAGCAGGUGCUCUCAGACUGACAUCCCCAUCUCGGCAGACUUCUCCAUCAUCAACAGCUGCACUGACCCUAACCAGGUCCUGCUGUGGCAAACAGAAGGCCUUCCACAAGACACCCACUCCACAGAAAAUGCAGUCUUCAUCAAACAGGGCAGGAAGUGGCCCCUCCUCGUCGACCCUCAGGGUCAAGCAGAGAAUUGGAUUAAAGGGAUGGAUGGACAAAAACUGAAGAUCUUGUCAGCAUCAGAUUCUAACUAUAUGCGUGACCUUGAAAGGGCCAUCAGGGUUGGGGGACCGGUUCUGCUAAAGCGUGUAACAGAGACUCUGGACCCAACCCUCAAGCCUAUCCUGUUACAAGAGACAUUUCAGCGUGGAGGCCAUACCCUUAUGAAGCUGGGAGAUACCGAAAUCGAAUAUAAUCAUAACUUCAGGCUGUACCUUAGCACGUCAAUGGCCAACCCCCAUUAUUUACCUGCAGUCUACAACAAAGUCAACAUAAUCAACUUUACAGUGACGUUUGAUGGCCUCCAGGAGCAGCUUCUGUCAGCAGUUGUUAGUCAGGAGAGGCCUCAGCUUGAACAGCAGCGUAAUGAGUUACUGGACAACAUAGCCAGUGACCUCCAGCUUCUGAGAGACCUUGAGGACAAGACAUUGGGCCUGCUGAACAAAACAGAAGGGCAUAUCCUUGAUGAUGAGGACCUUGUGGAUACCCUUCAGAAAAGUAAGGGCAUGGCAGGAGAGAUACACCAAAGAGUGGACCAGUCUGAAGAGACAGAGAGGAAGCUUAGCCUGGCAAGGAUGAAGUACCUACCUGUAGCCACACGAGGAGCAGUGCUGUACUUUGUCGUAGCAGACCUGGCCAGCAUUGAUGUCAUGUACCAGUUCUCCCUGAGCUGGUUCCAGGAGAUGUUCACAGCAAGCAUCAACCCCACCUCAGAGAACCGGCCCCAGAGCACCAAUACACCCUUCCUAAGCGGAACCCUGCGGCCACGAAGCCGGGAAAGCUUGGACAUAUCCACACCAACACCUCGGGUGUCUGACACAGACCUGGCAUCUCACAUGAGGAGCAUGAUAGAGCACCUUUCCUCCAGCAUCUAUCGUGUGGUGUCCGUGGCACUGUUUGGGCACCACCAGCUCACAUUCUCGCUCAUGCUGUGCACUAGUAUCCUAAGAGCAAACCCCUCCCCCCGCCAGCCUGAUUCCCAAUACAACAAUUCUGAGGUAAUCCCAGAUGGGGAGUGGCAGACAUUUCUACAAGGACACGUCCUGGCAAGCAUGCUGGACGAAGAGCAGUUGGCUAACCAUGACGGCCUAAGCGCCAUGGAGAGGCUGGAGAUACAAAGUGCUGAGUAUGCAGAGUCUGAGAGGAAGAGUAAACGUCCUCCAUCGUGGAUAAGUGAGCGAAUGUGGCGCCAGUGCCAGUACCUGGAAAUCACCCUUGCCCCAUUCUCACUGCUCUGCCGCAGUCUCAUCUCUAACAAGGCCCAGUGGCAGGCCUUUUACACCAGCAUGGACCCCUAUGAGCUCAUGGCCAGGAAGUACCUAAAGAGCUCAGAUGAUGACACAUCUCUAAACUUGGUGGUCUUUGAGUGGGAGAGGCUGACCUCCUUCCAGAGGUUACUUAUGAUCCGUAUCCUGCGUCCUGAUGUCCUCACUGCUACCUCACGUCUCUUCGUGGAGAAACACCUUGGCCCGUCUUACCUGUCAUCUGGAUCCUUUGAUCUGAAGGAAAUUUACGAGGAGUCCACAGCAAAGACACCCUUAGUCUUCAUCCUUUCACCAGGUUCUGACCCUGCCUCGCAGUUACUCAGGUUUGCUAAGGAGUUAAGGGGGAGCACAUUACACCUAGACAUGAUCUCCCUGGGGCGGGGCCAGGGUCCUAAGGCAGAGGAGCUCAUCUCUAAGGCCCAGAUCCUGAAGGGUCGCUGGGUGUUUCUACAAAACUGUCACCUAGCUGCCUCCUGGAUGCCUAAACUACAAGCCUUAGUUGAAAGAUUCAGCCGGCCUCAACCUGGUCAGGACAUCGACCCUCAGUUCAGACUCUGGCUCAGCUCUAAGCCUGACCCUAGCUUUCCUGUUUCCAUUCUACAGAAGGGACUCAAGAUGACAAUUGAGCCACCUCAGGGACUGAAGGCCAACCUGCUCAGGUCAUUUGGCUCUGGGGGAUCAGGGAAUGUCACACAGAAAAUGUAUGAGGAAGGCAGAGCUGGUGCCAACUGGAAAAGCCUACUCUUCAGUCUUUGCUUUCUGAAUGGAGUUCUGCAUGAGAGGAAAAAGUAUGGUGCCUUAGGCUGGAACAUCCCAUACGAAUUCAAUGAUUCAGAUUUAGAGGUGUCAGUCCUCCAGCUACAGAUGUUACUGUCAGAGCAGGACAGUGUGCCCUGGAAAGCCUUGACUUUCCUGACUGGUGAGGUAACCUAUGGUGGCCGUGUGACUGAUGAGUGGGAUCGGCGCUGCCUCCUGAGCCUGCUCGAGAGAUUUUACCAUCCCCAUGUCUUGUCCCCUAACCACAAGUUCUCCUCUGAUGGGGUGUACAAGAGUAUCAGUGCUGACCUGAGCUAUGAGGGUGUGGUCCAGUACAUAGAGGCCCUGCCAGAGGCUGACUACCCUGAGGUGUUUGGCAUGACUGAGAACGCAGAAAAUGCUUUCAGGCAAUGGCAGGGGAACACUCUAGUGGAGACCAUUCUCAGUGUUCAACCUAGACUAGGAGGAACUGUGAGCAGGUCAGGUAAGACAAAUGAUGAGAUUGUACUAGACCUGUGUCAUGACAUCACCUCUCAGCUGCCCCCCACUGUAGAGGAACUGGGCUUGGCUGCUGAUCUUUCUGGUAAAUCAUGUCACCUCACACUUAGACAAGUACUGAACCAGGAGGUCAUCAAACCGCAGGAACAGACCACUUCACGUAGAGUUGGUUCAGGGUCCACAUCAGGUGGCCGCAGCCCUCUGGGUAAAUCAGCCCUCCUUACAGUUCUGCGUCAGGAGAUUGACAGGUUUGACAUCCUGCUUCAUUUGAUCCACAAGUCCUUACAGGGGCUUACCCUGGCAGUGAAGGGGGAAAGGGUAAUGUCUGAGCAGCUGGAGGAAGCGUACUAUGCCCUGCUGAACCAGAGGGUGCCUGCUCAGUGGAAGGCUGCAGCCUACGAGUCAUGUAAGCCACUGGCAGCCUGGGUAAGAGACCUGGUCAGGAGGGUUGAGUUCUUCUCUAGCUGGGCAGAGUUGAUCACUUCCAGGUAUGAGAACCGACUCAAGGUCAGUGUAUCAGGCCGCAGACUCUCGGAGGCAUCAUCAGAGUCAGAGAGAGACCAGCCCCGUGCCUUCUGGCUCUCAGGCUUCUACUUCCCACAAGGUUUUCUGACAGCUGUCCUCCAGAACCAGGCUCGCAAAAAGAACAUCUCCGUGGAUUCUCUGAGCUUUGACUUCAGGAUCCAGAAGGUGGACAAUGAGGAGAGCCUGACCAACAUAAGAGAGGAACACUCAAUAAAGGAGGUGGCCUUCCAGGGUAACUCACCCCCAGAGGAUGGGGUCCUGGUAUUUGGUCUAGUCCUGGACGGGGCGCGCUGGGACGUCCACGCUGGCGUGUUGAGAGAUUCCUUCAUGGGACAACGCUUUUGUUGGCUCCCCGAGAUACACUUUGUCCCUGUAAAGAUGGAGGCAUCAACAGAGACUAGUGGUCGGCAGGAUAAGAAAAAUAAGACUGUGUACCAAUGUCCACUGUACAGGACCUCUGCUAGAACAGGCACUCUGUCUUCUACAGGCCACUCCACCAACUUUGUCACUGCGGUUAGUUUGCCUUCUGACCAGCCUCCCAACUUCUGGAUCAUGAGGGGCGUGGCACUGCUCUGUCAGCUGGAUGAAUAAAUACCCUGAUUUGAACAGUGGGGAUGAUUGUCAGUUUGUGGAACAAACCUGUCUAAUCUGAGGGAUAGAACACUUCCAUCAACUGAAAAUUCUGUGUCAAGGGAAACACAACACACAACCCUUUCUUUCAUUUGAGGGGCAUUGGCCUUCUGUAUGAAAGCAUGUCAUGUUUAGGGUGGUGCGCAACCUAAU